AGAAAAUUGUUGAAAAUUACUUCUCUAAAAUACAUUUUCCCAACAAAAAAUUUGAAAUUAAACUAAAUGAAUAACUUCUAAUCUUUAUUUUAUUUUUAUGAAUUUUAGGAAAAUUGUUUUUACACAAAGAGAGAAACAUUUUUAUCCUCUAACUUAUAUUAAGAUUAUUGACAACUUUAAAAUUAAUGGUUGAGAAAUUUAGCAAUUUUGAAAAAAACUCCAACAAAUCCAGCAAGCAUUUUGAUAAAAUAAGAAGCUAUUAUGUUUUUCGAACUAUUAUUAAAUGGAAAACUUAGUAGUUAUCUAAUGAAUUUAGUACAUGUAAAUUAGAAAAUUUAAUCUCUCUCUACUAUAAUUUAAUAAACCACUCAAAUUUAAAAAAAUUGAUUUUAUAAAAUAUAUAUUAGAAAAUGAAUUUCGGAUAGAUCGAUGAUCUAGUCUUAGUAGAAGAUAAUUAGUCAGGAGCUACAAAUUACAAUUAAAAUAAGGAUGCAGAAUUUAAACCAAGAUUUCCCAGUAUUCCAAGUUUUCCUCGUACAGGAUUUCCACCUGCUCCUAAUCAAGGUUUUCUCCAUUCUCCAAAUCAAGGUUUUGCACCUCCUCCAAAUUAAGGUUUUGCACCUCCUCCAAAUCAAGGUUGUCCACCUCCUCCUAAUCAAGGUUAUACACCUGCUCCUAAUCAAGGCUAUACAGCUGCUCCUAAUCAAGGUUUUCCACAUGCUCCUAAUCAAAGUUUUACUCCUACUAAUCAAGGUUAUACACCUCCUCCAAAUCAAGGUUUUCCACCUCCAAAUCAAGGUUAUACACCUCCUCCAAAUCAAGGUUUUCCACCUCCAAAUCAAGGUUUUCCACCUCCAAAUCAAGGUUUUCCACCUCCAAAUCAAAGUUUUACACCUUCUCCUAAUCAAGUUUUUCCAAGAGCUUUUCCUAAUGCAGGUCCUAAUCCAAAUAUUCGGCCUGUUUUUCCACAAAAUCCUAAUGAUGUUAAAAUACAACCUCCUCUUAAUGAUGAUAAAUAACAACCUUUUACUCAAAUUCCUUUUCAACCUCAUUUGGUUAACGCUAGUGUUUAUCAUGAUAGAAUUAUAAAUACCAAAUAAGAUAAAAUAGAUUUAGUAAAAGAUUUUAAUAAGUACUUAAAUGAAGGCAAUUUAUUAUUUGCUUAAAAUUGUUUAAAGUAAAUAAUAGAUAAUGAUAUCAGAGUAAGGAUAGAUUGA